CAGCGGGACCGGGACCGGGGCCGGGACCGGGACCGGGACCGGGGCCGCCACGUGCCGCCCGCGCCAUGGAGCUGGAGGAGCUGGGCAUCCGGGAGGAGUGCGGCGUGUUCGGCUGCAUCGCCUCCGGCGUGUGGCCCACGGAGCUGGACGUGCCCCAUGUGAUCACGCUGGGGCUGGUGGGGCUGCAGCACAGGGGCCAGGAGAGUGCUGGAAUUGUGACAAGUGAUGGAGAGUCAUCCCAGGCAUUCAAAGUGCACAAGGGAAUGGGUCUUAUAAAUCACGUCUUCAAUGCAGACAGCCUGAAGAAGCUGUACGUUUCAAACCUCGGUAUUGGGCACACGAGGUACUCCACCUCGGGAAUUUCUGAGCUGCAGAACUGCCAGCCUUUUGUCGUAGAGACUCUUCAUGGGAAGAUCGCUGUGGCACACAAUGGGGAGCUAACAAAUGCUGUACGACUCAGGAGGAAGCUUAUGCGGCAUGGUGUAGGACUGUCGACCAGUUCUGACAGUGAACUGAUCACCCAGCUGCUGGCUUUCACACCUCCUCUAGAAAAUGACGAUACAGCCGACUGGGUAGCAAGAAUAAAAAAUUUAAUGAAUGAAACUCCAACUUCAUAUUCAUUGCUAAUUAUGCAUAAAGACAUAAUCUAUGCAGUACGUGAUCCAUAUGGGAAUCGCCCACUCUGCAUUGGUCGCCUUAUUCCAGUAGGGGACAUGAAUGGAAAAGGAAAAGAUAACAGUGAAACAGAAGGAUGGGUAGUCUCUUCUGAAUCCUGUAGCUUUUUGUCUAUCGGUGCAGAGUACUAUCGUGAGGUCCUUCCUGGAGAGAUUGUGAAAAUAUCCAGAUAUGAUGUCCAGACACUGGAUGUUGUACCAAGACCUGAAGGAGAUCCGUCAGCAUUCUGCAUCUUUGAAUAUGUUUAUUUUGCAAGACCAGACAGUAUUUUUGAAGGUCAGAUGGUGUAUUCAGUCAGGAGAAGAUGCGGGCAGCAGCUUGCUAUUGAAGCACCCGUGGAAGCAGACCUAGUCAGCACUGUUCCAGAGUCUGCAACCCCAGCAGCUCUUGGUUAUGCUCAAAAGUGCGGACUACCAUAUGUUGAAGUACUCUGUAAAAACCGAUACGUAGGAAGAACAUUUAUCCAGCCAAAUAUGAGGUUACGGCAACUUGGUGUUGCAAAGAAGUUCGGCGUUCUGUCUGAUAAUUUUAAAGGCAAGCGAGUUGUUAUCAUUGAUGAUUCAAUUGUGAGGGGCAAUACCAUUUCACCCAUAAUAAAACUACUGAGAGAAUCAGGAGCCAAAGAGGUGCACAUCCGUGUGGCUUCACCUCCCAUACGAUUUCCUUGUUACAUGGGAAUAAACAUUCCAACUAAAGAAGAACUCAUUGCCAACAGACCUGAAUUUCAUGACCUUGCAAACUAUAUAGGAGCAGACAGUGUUGUCUAUCUUUCUGUGGAAGGGCUGGUAUCGUCCGUGCAAGAAAGCAUAAGAGCAAGACAAGAGAAUGAGAACAGCCUUAAAACCCAGAAAUCACGUGUUGGAAAGAUUGGUCACUGCACAGCGUGUCUCACUGGAGAGUAUCCCGUAGAGCUAGAAUGGUGAAUUUUUAGUGGAUGGACAUCAGUUCAUCUGUUUUUGAAUGUACCUUUUUAAAAGAUGCUGUCUUGCUAAUAGUCUUCUUACAUUUAGGUAAUACAGGAAGCUUAUUACAGCCAACUAAUUAUGGUUACUAAAACACAUCUUUACAGUAAAGACUUACAGAAAGUCUGAUGUGCUGAUGAAAACAAUGUAAGCAGAUUAAAAUACAAAAUCGUAUAGUUUUGGUGCACAGUUGUGCCUUCUAUUUUCUCAUAAAAUAUUAUAAAAACCAAAGUUUUUUUAAUUAUGUAGCAGCCCCAGAGUUUUUUGUUUCCAUCUCGCCCCAAAAGAUAUCUCACAAAUCAUGAAUUGUGUGGUGUAAUUUCACAUUAUCAAAGUCUUAAUGCAAAAGUAUGUGAAGUUUGCUUUUCUCCUUAGGAAAAAUACCAGAUUCUGAAGAAUCAAAUUGCGUCCUCGGCAGUUCUUGCUUAGGCUUUUAAGACUAGAAGUACCUAACUUUUUCAUAUAUAGCUAAACAGCCUUUAUUAAUCAAGGCCUUUGUAACAGAUUCUAUGAACAUAAUGUCUAGCAUAUGAUUUUAAAAAAUGAAGACUCAGGGAAAUGCUCAGCCAAAAGCUCUCUAGUUUUAUAACUUUAGAAUUCUUUUUUUGAAGUCCAGUGUAAUUACAUUAUCUUCAUGUGCUUUUAUCAGUUCCAAAUAGGAUAUGGAAGGAGAAAAAUACUUGGCGCUGCCAUUUUUUUUCUGUUUUACAUCUUGUUUUCUCCAGGAUAAGUCCUGACAAUUUCUAAAGUCUGAGCUAAUGCUCAGUGUGCUCUUCAUAUGUCAACAUCCAAAGUAAACUGAAAAAAAAAGUCACUUUUCAUUUUUAACAGUAAAAACGAUAUAUCAACUGGAGAUUAAGAGUUGUUUUGGGUAUAGUCUUAUUUUACUACAUUACUGCUGUUACAAUAAAUGUAAUGUUUUAAAAAAAAAAGUUCUGAAGAACCAUUAGCUAUUGAAUGCAUUGUAUUUUUUAAUUGGUCACAAUUACAUGGUUACUUGUGUACAUGAAGAUCACUUGGACAAUGAACCACUAGCUGAAAAUGCAAAAGCACCUUUUGAAAACUAUUGCAAAUUUAUGCACAAUUGUAAAAAUAUUUUGUAUACCUCAGUUUUUUUCAGUGAAUAGCAGCAGCUUAAUUUUAGAUUUUCUAUUUAAUAUUGUGUAUUUUGGCCUUAUAAUUGUUUGUGACACUGUUUAAAAAAAAGAAAAAAAAAAAAAAAAGAAAAGUUUAAGAGCUUCUUCCUUCCCUGUCAUCUUCCAUAUAGUUGAGAAUUACAGCACUGGUGAUUAAAUUCAAAAGGGAGCUUUCUUACAUGGGAUUUGUAGCAAUUGUGCCCAAUAGACAAUCACAACACAAAAGUCCCAAUUCAAGAAAGCAUGUAAAUACACAUAAUGAGGUCAAGACUGUGCCUUGUGUAGUGGAAUCAGAACCUACGUGCAGGCAAGCCUAUGGGAGAAUUUAGAUUUUCAUGAGCAUCGGGCUCUUGCUGUGUGUUCUUCACCAAAGCCCAGAUCUGCAUAUUGGAGGGUCUAUGUGGAUCUCUUCUAAUUAGCAAGUUUGGUUUUUUUAACAGAACUGUAACAGUUCAUCUGGACAGUAAAUUGAGCAAAAAAAGAACAGGAUGGAGUCACUCUGACAGCCCCCUCUUCCAGAUUAACCAGGGAGUAGUGUGAGAAAACACAAAAACUGUCAUUAAUGUUUUUCUUCUUUCCUGCCCUCAAAAGAGCAAUCAUUUUUAAAAAAAGGGAUAAGUCGAGCUCUUAGUUUAUAGAUAUUGUGGGGAGCCCUUUCUACUUGAGAUAAAAACUUUGGUGCAGUUUUAUAACAAGGUUGCAAGCAGAAGUCUAUUGAUUUAUCUGAAAUUGUCUAUAGAACAGACUGUAAAAGAAGCUUGUGCAAUAACAUGUUUUCAACAAAACUGGUGUUUUUGAAGUCUGGUUAAUAAUUGCUUAAAUGUGAUUUGAGCAUUAAGUGGCAUUAAUUCUCAUUUCAAUAAAGUGAGACCUAAAUGCCUUUUUUCCCUUUCCGUUAUGCAUGUGAAAUUACAAGGUCUGCUACUGUAAGCACUGUUAAUUUUUAGAUACACUACAUGCCUCAUCUUUAGUACGUAUUUUUCAAAACCUUAAGUUAAAGGGGAGCUACUUUUCAAGUGUCAUUUAAUUCUCCGACAGCUGGAUUUCUGCUUCAAGUUACCAGGCCUUUUUUAACCGUACAGUGGACACACACGCGCAAUGAGUACAUUGAGGGAGAAAACUCCUCUGGUUUUAGUUGUCGCUAUUUGUAUUAUUUUAAUGUUUUACUGUGAAACUGUUUCUGCUGUAUCACCAACGUGCAAUUGCGCCAAAUUAUCAUUUAAAAAAUGUGACAAAACGGUAGAAAAGCUGCUGUCUCACUUCUCCCAUGCGUAACAUUAAAUAUGGUUAUGAACUGGU